CUCACGACCCCAAGAGGAGGGUAGACCCGAUACAUUCGAUGAGCUUUUUGAUGCUGAUGGCGAUGGGGAGUCUUACACAGAGGAAGCUGAUGAUGGGGAAGUGGAAAGGACAGAGGACCAAAAAGACAAUGUGACCAUGCUGUUUGGAGAUGUAGGGGACUUAACGGAUGAAGAAGAAAUUUCUACACCACAAUCAACUGAAAAUAAAGUCCUCCCAGCUCCUGCACCCAGUCAAGAGAAAACUAACCAAGAAUUACAAGAUGAACUAAGGAAGUUGCAAGAACAAAUGAAAUCUUUACAAGAGCAGCUCAAAGUAGCGACAAUUAAACAACCUUCAAGUCCAGUCCUUCUGCAUAAAUCCACUGGUAAGUCUCCAUGCCCCCCUCUUGAGAAGAAAAUUCGGAGGAUUCAAGAGUCGACGUGCUUUUCUGCAGAAUUGGAUGUCCCUGCUCUUCCAAGAACCCAGCGGGUGGCUCGGACCCCAAAGGCUCCGACAGAGCCCAAAACCUUACCAACUUCUAGGAUGCCCAGUGCUCCCUCCCAACCACUCCAAGCUAUUCCUGGGAAUAAGCCUAAUGGGAUGACAAGAGAUCAGAGAACAGAGGCUCCAAGACGUCCUCAGGAGGCAACUCCACAGAUCCCUGUCUCCACAGAAGCCUUCUCAGGCUUGCGGCUCAGGAAACCUCGAGUAUCCUCCACAGAAAUGACCAAGAAGAUGACUGGCCGAAAACUGAUCAGAUUGUCCCAGAUCAAGGAAAAGAUGACAAGUGAGAAGCUGGAAGAAAUAGACUGGGUUACAUUUGGGGUGAUAUUGAAGAAAGUCACCCCACAAAGUGCUAACAGUGGGAAAACAUUUAGCAUCUGGCGCCUGAAUGAUCUUCGUGACCUGACGCAUUGUGUGUCAUUGUUCUUGUUUGGAGAAGUUCACAAACAACUCUGGAAAACGGAGCAAGGCACCGUCGUGGGGCUGCUCAAUGCUAACCCCAUGAAGUCCAGAGAUGGCUCAGAGGAGGUGUGCUUAUCUAUUGAUCAUCCCCAGAAGGUCCUAAUUAUGGGUGAAGCUCUUGAUCUGGGAACCUGUAAAGCAAAGAAGAAGAAUGGGGAACCAUGCACCCAGACUGUGAAUUUGAACGAGUGCGAGUACUGCCAGUAUCAUGUCCAGGCGCAGUACAAGAAGCUCAGUGCAAAGCGAGCCGAUUUGCAGUCUACUUUCUCCGGAGGGCGGAUUCCAAAGAAGUUCACCCGCAAAGGCUCCAGCCUGAAAGAACGGCUGUGUCAAGACGGCUUUUACUAUGGAGGAGUUUCCUCUGCAUCGUAUGCAGCCUCGAUGGCAGCUGCCGUGGCUCCCAAGAAGAAGAUUCAGACCACGCUGACUAAUCUGGUUGUGAAGGGCUCAGACUUGAUCAUUCAGGAAACACAACAAAAACUUGGAAUACCCCAGAAGAGCCUGUCUUGCUCUGAGGAGUUCAAGGAGUUGAUGGACCUGCCAACGUUUGGCGCCAGGAACUUAAAGCAGCAUUUUGCAAAAGCCAAGACUUCAGGGAUCAUGGGGAGCCCCAAACCAGCCGUCCAGUCAAUUUCAGCCUCAGCCCUCUUGAAGCAACAGAAGCAGCACAUGUUGGAGAUGAGGAAAAGGAAAUCAGAGGAAAUACAAAAACGCUUUCUCCAAAGCUCAAGUGAGGUCACGAGCCCAGCUGUGCCAUCCUCGUCCCAACAGCCGCCUGCUCAGUCUCCACGGGUGGAGGCCAAAUUCCCACGGCUGGAAGGAGCCCCAGGCACACAGACGCCAAGACUUGGACGGGGCAUCUCCGAAGGAGAUGAUGUUCUGUUUUUUGACGAAUCACCACCUCCAAAACCAAAACUAAGUGCUUUAGCAGAAGCCAAAAAGUUAGCCGCUAUUGCCAAGUUGAGGACAAAAGGCCAGGUUCUUACAAAAACAGACCCAAACAGCAUUAAAAGGAAGCAGAAAGACUGCCAGGACAUCCUGGAGGUAAAGGAGCGUGUGGAAAGGAGCACCGUGUUCUCGCCUGAAGCAGAGGAUGAACUAGAGCCUGCUAUGAAAAAAAGGAGAGAGCAGCUUGCCUACCUGGAAUCUGAGGAAUUUCAGCAAAUUUUCAAAGCUAAAUCGAAGCACAGUGACAUCCUGAAAGAGGCAGAAGCUGAGCUGCAGGAACGCUACUUCGAGCCACUGGUGAAGAAGGAACAAAUGGAAGAAAAGAUGAGAAGCAUCAGGGAAGUGAAGUGCCGAGUCGUGACAUGCAAGACGUGCUCUUACACGCAUUUCAAGCCUCUGGACACCUGCAUCAGCGAGCAGCACGACUACCACUGGCAUGAUGGUCUGAAGAGGUUUUUCAAGUGUCCCUGUGGAAACAGAAGUAUCUCCCUCGACAGACUCCCCAAGAAGCACUGCAGUAACUGUGGCCUCUACAAAUGGGAACGGGAUGGAAUGCUAAAGGAAAAGACUGGUCCAAAGAUAGGAGGAGAAACCCUGUUACCCAGAGGAGAAGAGCAUGCCAAAUUUCUGAACAGCCUUAAGUAACCCUUACUUCAGAUGUUUUCCCACAAGCCAGCCAGCUUCCUAUGUUCUGGAUUGCUCAGAAGAAGAGAUCCAGUUGAGCCCUCGGG